UUCCACCGCAGUGGAGCGCGGCGACUCGCGAGCGCAGCGCACAGAAGACGGGAGCUCCGCCUUGCGCCCCACAGCACAGGUCUCGUGAGUUACCCCACCUCGUGGAACUCCACCUCGCGCCCCGCAGCACAGGUCUCGUGAGUUACCCCACCCCGUGAAGCUCCACCUCGCGCCCUGCCACACAGGUCUCGUGAGUUACCCCGCGUCGUGGACGACUGUCUUCUGCUCUUUUUUUUUUUCGCAAUUAGAACCCGCGUGUUUGCAGAAUCACGACUUCGAGCGAAAUCGACGUGUGGAAUGCGUGCGUUAUUUCGCGCUCGGUUUUCGUUGCCUCAAGCGCUCACGUCGGUCCUCCCCACACCUUGGACGCCGCUUACUGACGGCUGCUGCCCCACUCCUGCCGCUGCUCUCCCCCCCUCCACCCAUCUCACUCCCUCUGUUGCUACAGAGUGACAUACCGCACUUGUCACGCCCUUCUGUGAGAUUUUAGGAGUGCCGACGUUAGCUUAACCCCAUGGUUCACACGAUGUCAGACCCCCCACAGAGCCCUGAUCCGGCGGUGAUCCACAGCCCUCCCCCGGACCCAGCUCUAGUCCCGGACCCGUCGGUGCCGAACGGAAGGUGCGAGCAGGCAGAGCAGCAGCAGCAGGAACCCACGGGGGACAGUCCGGUGGAAGGCUUCAACAUGGACCAGGAGAUGAAGAUCACGGACAGCAUAGAGGACCAGGGUCUUCUGGAGAGCAGCAUGCGUCUGAAGCCCCACGAGGCCCAGAGCUAUCGCAAGAAGGCCCUGUGGGUGUCCUGGGUGUCCAUCGUGGUGACCAUCCUGCUGGCCAUCGCUGCAUUCACUGUUUCCAUCAUGAGACACAGUGCAUCAGCCUUUGGAUUUGCUUUUGACGCCCUGCUGGACGUGCUGUCCUCCAUCAUUGUGUUGUGGCGCUACAGCAACGCGGCCGCCGUGCACUCGGCCCACAGAGAGUACAUAGCGUGCGUCAUCCUGGGGGUGCUCUUCAUCCUGUCCUCGCUUUGCAUUAUGGGAAAAGCCAUCCACGACCUGGCAACCAAACUGCUACCGGAAGUGGAUGACUUCCUGUUCAGUGUGUCUAUAGUCAGUGGUCUGGUCUGUAUUAUUCUGGCCGUCGUCAAGUUCAUGCUGGGCAGAGUCCUCACCAGCAAGGCCCUGAUCACUGAUGGGUUCAACUCCCUGGUGGGCGGGGUGAUGGGGUUCUCCAUCCUGCUGAGCGCGGAGGUGUUUAAGCACCAGCCCACCGUGUGGUACCUGGACGGGGCCAUUGGGGUCCUCAUGGGACUCAUCAUCCUGGCCUACGGCGUGAAACUCCUUCUGGACAUGGUGCCGCGCAUGAGACAGACCAGGAACUACGAACGCUUCGAGUGACCCCAACCCGGGGGGGGGGGUACAGAGAGGGGAAGGAGGGGCUGACAACAUCCGAAGGCCGGCUUGGUGGGUGUGGUCCCCCAAUGGCCACAACCCCACCCUUCGAGGAAGGACAUUUGCUGCGUCUCCACGGCCGAGCAGACGGAUUUGAGUGUUUCCGCAUGUCACUACACAGCCCCCCCCCCCCACACACACACACAAACACACACACACACCACCACCCUUAGAGUCUGUUUGAUCAUGUUUUGUGUUUUCUUGUGAUACAGCGGACCGGCGCAGUCUGAGGGCUGCUGCGUCGGACCGCCGACAAGAUUCACUAAUUCAUGAAACGGAAAUAAUUAGUGAUAAUAUAGACCGUUUUCACACAUCGGGGCCGAUGCACAAAGCAAACUGAAGCUGACCGAAUGGUGUGGGGUGAUUUGAACAAACUGAAAGGUUUUUUAUUAUGAUUUGAUAAUGGUUUAGUACUAGGAGUUGUGUUGUGGAGACCUGGUUUCCUAGUUGUAGCUGGUUUAAUUAUAUAUUUUUUUAAGGCCACAAUUAAAUGGAGCAAAGCAAAAUAGGCUGUUGAACGCUCCUUCGGAGCCCUGUGUUGGGAGGUUUUGGAGGAAGGCCUUUUUUUUUCCACCUGUUGCCAACUAUCAAUGGUAUUAAAUCUGUUAAGAUAAAACCAAACUGUAAUUAAAGGUAUAUAAUAUGGUUGAUUACUCCGAUAACCCAGGAAGACGCAGGCUCAGGACAUGUUAAGAUAAGAUACAAUUGUAUUAAUCCUGUGAGGGAAAUUCAGGAUAAGUGGUCAAUCUUUCAGCUGCAAUAUCUGAAAAGUGUGAGGGGAAAGAAAUCAGCCAAUCAAAUGGCUGCCUCAGAAUCCAAGAGGUCGCAUUAUCCCGCCCAUUUCACAGAGACGUCGUUCUCCGUAUAAAGCAGCACCCAGCUGUUUAAGUAGCACAACAGUAGAGGGAGCCCACAUGCUGUAAUUAAUUCAAACUGGCCCCAUUACAAAAAACUAUAAAUAUACAUAUUUAUUUUAUUAGAAUAUAAGCACAUAUAUUUAAUCUCAUGAGUCACUAGUUAGUUUGGUUAGUUUAGAUAGGGUUUUCCAACUAGUUUACAGGGGAAACUGAAUAAGCACAGGAUGUAAGAUACUUUUAUUUAAUCUUCACGCUGAGAACAGGAUUUAAUGUAUGUUCGGGUUAGCUUGCCUUUACCUCACAAGGACACCGGCUCACCACGAUGAACUCUACAAUGACUCAUCGAGGAAUAUCACGUCUGUGACUUUGCAUGCUCCAUCUCUGAGCACACACUAAAAUAUUCAUCAACCUAAGUAGCACACCAACCCCAUCUCAGUGGUCCGAGCCUUAGCUGUAUCGCCACGGCAGCACAUGAAUCUAUACAUUUUCAUAUUUCUACAAUAUGUAAGACUUAAUUAUGUUAUGAACAUUUGAAGCUGAAAUGCGUUCAAAGUGAGAGCUGAAGGCGAGCGUACGCAUUCAUUCUUCCUAGAAAGACUGUGAAUGUAUAUUUCGGAAGGACUGUGCUUCUAUAUUCAUGACAAUUUGAAUGUGCAUAUACUGUAUUGUAAAAUGUCAGUUUUUUUGAAUGGCAAUUUUGUGUGUGAAUACGUGUGUGUGCCUUAGUUUUGUGAGAGGUUGAAGAUGGUUUGCUAAUUGAUACUUCAAGGGUGUAAAAAAGAAAAAUGGGUACUUCGGGUGAAGGUGUGCCUCACUUCUGUUCACCAAACACAGGACAUCUCUAGCAUGCAACCAGCGCACCAGUCCACAUGCGAGGUAGAAAAUAAUGCUGUUUCAUUGUUUGUGCGCCACACACACACACACACACACA